AUGGAUGCGAUUGAUAUUUCCGAGUUUAAAGAGGUAAUAGAUGUUUUAUUAUGUAAUCCAGACAAACAGGCGAAAGUUGAGUUCAGGGAAGCUAAGUUUUCAGUCGCUGACGAAGGAAGUCUCGCCGAUGUUGUUCCCACAGAGUUGUUUGACUUCACGUUCCCCGUUGUGCUUGCAAGUUCAGUGAUCGAUACUGAUGUGACAGAAGAAGAAUUCAUUGUACCAGAUAUAGGGACAAACGAUGACAUUUCAACCAGAUCACGAAAAGCACGAAGUGUGAGCCAUAACCAAAGUGAAGUAGAAGGAUCUCCAUUGAAGUUACAAACAUAUGCAGAUUUCAGUUUCUCGUCCCCCUCCCAUUCACCGUUAAAUGUCAGAAAAAGAUCUUUUGCCAGGGCAGCCGGUGUUCCAUUAGGCAUUGCAAGAAAAGUGUCAUCAUAUCUGUCUCUAGCAUACUCACCCAAUGAGUCUGAUCAAAACCAGAAAAUUGGAUUUGUCAGGAAAAGCAGAUUGAGUGUGAGGCGAAAAUAUGAUCUUUUUGAAACACACCAAGAAAAUGAACGCCAACCUGUCGAUAAAUACCGACAGGGAUCCUUGCAGUUGGAGGUACGAUGGAAGAAGUUUACCAGUGUUCCCCCUUUGGAUGCCAGAACGGUUAUAAAGGCCCAGGUUUUACCGGGAGACACGAGAAGUGCAGCUCAUAGUCUAUACAAUGCAUUAGAAGCCCUCAAGCUUCAUGUUGCAGGUUUGACUACAUCAGAAAUUAAAUGGAUGAUGGGAUAUGAAGAUGAGGAGCUGUCUGUUAUGGACAAACUCAAGGCUUUACUAGAGGUCCUGAAACACGGGGAUGCAAGUCAGCUGACAAAUUCAGAUGAGCAGAAUGAUGAGGAGUUCAACAAUGUAAUGGACACUCUAGUGUUUCAUGAGAGAAAGGACUUGGACUUCACCGACCAUUUGUGGACAGUCCUGUGUAAGUGUACCUCCUACUCCGAGCUUGUGGAAUGUUUCAAAUAUGUCUUCACAGUUCUGAGCAAUGGUGAGCUUCGCCCAAUGGUUCAUCGUAAUAACAAUACCACAGUAGCACAGAUGGUACGAGAUUCAUACAUCGGUAAGCUUCGCAUGCCCAACCUCGCUGGAGUGUAUGCUCUUCAGCUGUUGGCUGAAAUUGGUGUCGAGAAACUUCAUCAAGACUAUGUCUUCACAUUUCUGGCUAAGGAACUUGUCACACACAGUAAUCUGGAAGCCUUCCUCAAAACAGAUGUUAAGUUGGAACAGAAACUUGUCCAUCUGGAGAAAAUGCACCAUGUGCUGGAAAUGGUUGUGAUGCUAAAACUCUUCCUAAAUCUCCCUAGCCUAAAUUUAGCCAUUUGUGCACGAGCUAUGUUGUCGCACUACCAACAAGAGGACAUCUCUCUAAAUCACGUGUUUGCAUUCCCUAUGCAGACCCCGUCGCUGAAGCAUGCAUUUGAGACAUGCCAGCCAUGCAUGAAGAAGAUGGUGCUUACCAAGAUGGUGGGGAACAGGAAAGAAUCUGUGCACCAUUUACUGGUGACACAGCAACCCUUCCGACACUUACCUACCAGUGUAGACUCGGAGCUCGCUCUGGACACCACACUCAACAAGAACAAGAAAUACUACUAUGUCAGAAAGAUUGAAAGUGUUUCCAUUCUUGUCUGAAUUUCCCUCAAUAUCUUUUGACAUUUUAUAUUUGUAUAUAUACUGUAUUUGACCUGAUAAGCACACUUGACUCUAUAAGUGCUAUAAUUGAAACAUAUAAAAAGUUCUUUAUUUCAGAUGUCUGUCAAUAUAUGGUAAUCUUGAACUCUUUUAUCCAAAGACUAUAUUGUUUUGGCUACAUAAAGGUAUGUAAAUGAAAAGUUAUUUUUUUCCAUCCAGAUUGCACAGGGAAUCUUUUCCCUAUAAACUUUACUCAUAAAUAGCAGUAUAACUAUGUUAAUACAAAAAUUCGGAGUUUGUAUAGAUAAAAACGUGUAUACAUUUGUAUUUACAAUGUUCUCAUUGAUAGGUGGAUAAGUUUAUGACUACUUUAAUAGAAUAUUAUUAUCAUUUAUUUGACACAGUAAUUGGAUGUUGGGGCCCAAAAUAAGAAAAACAGUUCCUGUGUUUUCACUAAACUUUGUUGACUAUAUUUUUGUGCCCAUAUUUUUAAAUUUUAUUAAUUAUUUCAUAUCUUGAUAAACUUGCUAUAUUUUGGUCUAUUUUCAAGGAAUGACUAUUAAAGACUAAAUGUUAGCUAUAGGAUCCCUUAUAUAUUGUUCCUUCUCUAUAACCUUAUUUAAAACUAUUAAGUCAAGCCAUCGACUCUACCAAACCCCCCAAAAAAGAAAAAAAACAAAAAAGAUUUCUCCACCUUAUUAAAGUAGCUACCAUAUUUUUUGACAUGUUUAAUAGCGAAAACACAUGAAUUAUUUUUUUAGGCCUUAUUCAAAUAAGAAAGUAUUGUGUAAAGCGCUUUAUUACAGUGUAUAUAGAUUAAAAAAAAAAAUCCAGAUACCACAUAAUUAUAUACCUGUAAUUGAAAAAAAAUCUGACAUUUAAGCUACUGGUACACAUUGGUACUGCUCUGGUUAAAUUCCAUUAGAUUACCGUAACUUAAGUGUGGGGUAUAUAUUUUCAUAUGUUUAGUGUGGUACACGCUCCAAAUAUCAGAAUGAAAUAUAAUUUAUAUCAGUUUUUCAUUUUUCUCUGUAUAUGCAACAUUCAUAAUCCAUCAUCUCUGUUAAUCUAAAUUCAUUGUUCGUGGCCAUGGACUUGCUGCAAUUCAUUACUAAACUUAAAAUUUGUUACAAAAUGGAGCUUACCAUCCCAAUAAAUUUGAAAUAUCAUUUGUAUACUUUUAACCUUAUUAGAUAUAUAUACAAGUGUACAUACAUUGAGUAUCUUUUAUUGUGAUAAUAUAAACUGUGUAUAUCAGCUGAUAAAAGGUUGAAUCUA